AUGGUCAAUCGUGAUAAUCUGGAAGAGAGCUCUGCGAUAGGAGUCACCGCAGUUGUCUUAAUAAUUUCCACCUUCAUAUGUCUUCAUCAUAUAUUCUCGUAUGCAAGGAAUAUGAAGUACAAAUCGGCUCAAAUCGCAUGCAUGCUUCUAUUUACGACACCUGUAAUAGUCGGAUGGUCAGCGUGGGCGUGCUUAUACGUAGGUGAAACAAUGAAAAAUUAUGAAGCUCUAAUCGCUUUAGACAAAGCCUUUUGCAUCGCAAUGUUUUUGAUACUUAUUGAGAUGCUUCUUGGAUGGACUGAGUCUAACGGCACAUAUUUUUUUACUAAAGAGGCUGAAAUUAGAGUACUAAUGGAUAUGAAGGAAGCCAAAUGGCUUUUGCCUUGUAUUAAGCCAAGUCCUUUAUCCUCGAGUAAGCAAGCAAUCUCUUAUUUAAGAAAAAUAAGAAUUGGAAUAUUCCAAGUGAUCUUUGUGAUUAUAGCCAUUACAAUUAUAAGCACUCCUUUUCUUAUUUUUGAUUAUGAUGACUUUAAAAUCGGCGAAAAUAGCACCGACUCUAUUUGGUUUUGACUAAGCUCAAUAAGAUCUUUAAGUUCAGUAGUAGCAGUGUUUUUUUUGGUAAAUUAUGCCUUUUUCGCAGCAAAAAUUCCAGAACUAAAUGAGCUGAGAAUUAAAUCAAAAUUCAACUUGAUUCAGCUUUCUAUGGUUUUCACUGAAAUUCAACCUUCAAUCAUAUCAUUUUGUGCAGAUAGAGGCUGGAUUGCGAACACUGAUAAUUACUCCCAGGUGGAAAUUAUAGGCUGAACUAAUUCUUUGUUGCUGUGCUCAGAAAUGAUUAUUAUGGGGUUUUUGCAAAUUCUUGUUUUCCCCCUAAGUGAUUAUAAAACUCCGCCAUCAUCAAGAAAGUUUAUCGCUAACUAA